AGGCGGUGGCAGUAGCAAGCCCUAACCGUCCCACAAGCUGGCACAGCACCUAAAGACUGCACGCAUUCAAGGGCCACGCUUCAGUUGCGAGAGCGCCGCCGACUGCGCGGGCUGAAGGAAAGUCAAAGCGGAAGCGCAGGUUUUCGUACGUAGCCGCGGCGGUUUCGAUCAAACCCGCCGUACAGCGCGCCGAGCCGGGCACCACGAGGGGGUCUCGCCACGUGGGACAGAGCGAAGCCGAGAGACCCUCGCUCUUUUGGCCGCUGCUGUUAGUGCCGCCGCCGCUGGCAGCCAGCUGGAAAACGCUCCGCAUGCGCCGCUCGAGGAGGCGAGUGGGAGAAGAGAAGGGCUCCAAAUUCAAACGACGGAUGCCGCGAGGAAACCGUAGGAGUAGCCCGAAGCAAACUGCUCGAGGAGCAGAGCAAUAACAGGGACAAGAAAGAAACGGCGGUGGGAGGAGAGGAAAAUAAAAAUAGGAGUUGGGGGAGGAGGAAGGGGUGGGAAGCAGAGGCCGGGUGAGGAAAGAGAGCGCGCAAGCGAGGAUCCCUGGCAUUCUCUGCAGACGGAGGGUCGAUCUCUUCCUCGCUUAUUGCUUUCCUGCCGGGGCACCCCCGAGUCGUUUCCUCUCCCUUCCGCUGAAGCUGAGGCUACCUACUGUGCACCGCCAUGGUAGACAGGGGUCCUCUGUUGACGUCGGCUAUUAUCUUCUACCUGUCCAUCGGAGCAGCUAUCUUCGAAGUACUGGAGCAUCCUUAUUUGCGAGAGGCGGCCGAGGGCUAUAAGCUGAAGAAGACGGAGCUCCUGAAAGAGUUUCCCUGCCUGGGCCAGGAAGGACUAGAUAAAAUCCUGCGGGUGGUCUCAGAAGCUGCUGGGCAAGGGGUUUCAAUUGAUGCUAAUGACACAUUUAAUUACUGGAACUGGCCCAAUGCUGUCAUCUUUGCUGCUACAGUGAUUACAACCAUUGGUUAUGGAAAUGUUGCUCCAAAAACUUCAGCUGGGCGACUUUUCUGUAUAUUUUAUGGACUUUUUGGCGUUCCGCUCUGCUUAACGUGGAUCAGUGCUUUGGGGAAAUUUUUCGGUGGUCGUGCCAAGAGACUGGGCCAGUUCUUGACAAAGAGAGGAGUAAGCCUGAGAAAGGCACAAAUUACUUGCACAGCUAUCUUCAUCAUUUGGGGCAUACUAGUCCACUUGGUUCUUCCUCCGUUCGUUUUUAUGAUGACUGAGGAAUGGGAUUAUAUUGAAGGCCUCUACUUCUCAUUCAUCACCAUUACCACAAUAGGAUUUGGAGACUACGUUGCUGGUGUGAAUCCAAAUAUAAACUACCACUCCCUCUAUAGAUAUUUUGUGGAGCUGUGGAUCUACCUAGGCCUUGCUUGGCUUUCACUGUUUGUCAACUGGAAAGUCAGCAUGUUUGUAGAGGUUCACAAAGCAAUCAAGAAACGAAGGAAAAAAAGAAAGGAGUCCUUUGAAAAUCACUCUCCCACCAAAAAAGCUCUUCAGAUGUCUAACACAAAAGAUAUCAACAUAUUCAGUUUCCUUUCCAAAAAGGAAGAAAGUUACAAUGAUCUCAUUAAGCAGAUUGGAAAGAAGGCUUUAAAAACAAGCAGUGACAAAAUUCUAAAUUCAGAGCAAGCCAACCCAACCUUACAACAUACCAACAAAGACCUCAAAGUGAUGUACACAAGGAACAAUAUGUUUGAUUAUGAUAAGGUUUCUAUUGGACAGCAAAACUAUCAUGUUAUGAAGCAUUUGACUGACAAACGUCUUGGGGAUAGCCCAAUUGAGGGCAACGUGUUUGUAAAUCAGCUGGACCGGAUCAGCGAAGAAGAAGGGGAGGCAUGGGAUUCGCGGGAUUAUCGACCUCUGAUUUUUGAAAAUGCCAACAUAACAUUUGUAAAUGAGGAUGAGGAUGAAGAGGAGGACCUUUCAGAUGAUGAGGAAACUUCAAAGUCUUCUGUGGAUGACAAUCUUGCAGAGGAACCUCAAAGCCCCCAGAAACUGAUGAAAUUUCCAUCCUCUGAUGGAUCUACUUUUACCAGUAAUGAGAUGGAGAUAUCAGUGCCUUAUGAACAGCUUAUGAAUGAGUAUAACACAACAAAUACUGCAAAUGCUGCAACGUGAGAAAGGUGGGAGGGGGUUUCUUGAAAUCAUAUGAUGCAAGUUUUGAAUAGGUAACGAUUUGAACCAACAACUGUAAGUGAAGAAGGAAUAUCCUAUCAGAUAUUUUCCACUAUUUCCUUCUGUUAGCAAACUGAAAAUACUUGUUGCCUGGAUUUUAUCUCUUGAUGAAUUUUACUCACUGUGAAAUAACUGUUCUAGAACCUUGAAGGUUCCUUAGGGAGUUGGUGGUUCUUGAAUUUAAGAGGGAAAAAAGCCUAGAAUUAUUGGGCCUGUUUCCUUCCUUCCUUCCUUCCUUCCUUCCUUCCUUC